ACACCGCGAGCGUGUUUGGUCGACUUUCGUUGCGUGUUUGUCAGACUGACAGUCGACAUUGGUCCGGUCUAGCGGCGGCUGACAGGUCGUUUGCGCGGCGCGAGUGUGCGCGGUCAUUGAUUUUCUUUCCACAACGCCGCGGCCAUUUUGUUAGAAGUGUGCUUGCGAGUGGAAGUGGUCCGGAUUUUCGGUUUCGGGUUUUUUCUUUCGUCGGAAGUUUCGCCGCUCCGGUUUCGUGUACGGUGCGCGGUCCCCGCCUGUGUGAGACGUUCGUCGCCCCCGGGAAUCGUCGUGAGAGCCAGCAUCCGAAAAAAGUGUUGAAGAUUUCCAGAUUCGGCGAACCCAAGUUGGCCACGGUGGAGUGAAAAUUCAAAGAGAAGACCCGAGAGCAGCAGCGCCGAAGAAGAAAAGGAAGGAUGGAGGACAAGGCGACACUCAAAGAUUUGGACCAGUGGAUCGAACAACUGAACGAGUGCAAGCAACUGACCGAAACGCAAGUGAAAACCCUGUGUGACAAGGCAAAGGAAAUUCUUGCAAAGGAAUCAAAUGUGCAGGAGGUGAAAUGUCCGGUGACAGUGUGCGGCGAUGUGCACGGUCAGUUCCACGACCUGAUGGAGCUCUUCCGGAUAGGCGGACGAUCGCCGGACACUAAUUAUCUGUUCAUGGGUGAUUACGUUGAUCGUGGCUAUUACUCAGUGGAAACGGUGACCCUGCUGGUGGCGUUGAAGGUCCGAUACCGCGAGAGAAUCACAAUCCUGCGCGGCAACCACGAGUCCCGCCAGAUCACACAGGUGUACGGCUUCUACGACGAGUGCUUACGGAAGUACGGCAACCCGAACGUCUGGAAGUACUUCACGGACCUGUUUGACUAUCUCCCGCUAACGGCCCUGGUCGACGGUCAGAUCUUCUGCUUGCAUGGUGGCCUCAGUCCGUCGAUCGACACGCUCGACCACAUCCGCGCCCUGGACAGACUGCAGGAGGUGCCACAUGAGGGCCCGAUGUGCGACCUGCUGUGGUCCGACCCGGACGACCGGGGCGGCUGGGGCAUCUCGCCCCGCGGUGCCGGUUACACCUUCGGACAGGAUAUCUCCGAGCUGUUCAACCACUCGAACGGUCUGACGCUAGUUUCGCGGGCGCAUCAGCUGGUUAUGGAGGGCUACAACUGGUGCCACGAUCGCAACGUUGUUACAAUAUUCUCUGCACCAAACUACUGUUAUCGUUGCGGUAAUCAGGCAGCAUUAAUGGAAUUAGACGAUGCACUAAAGUUUUCAUUCCUACAAUUUGAUCCAGCUCCACGUCGCGGCGAGCCACACGUGACUAGAAGAACACCGGACUAUUUCCUUUAAGAAUAUCAUUAUAACGAAUAUUGUAAUACACACUACAAAUUAAACAAAAAAAUAAUAUACCUAAUAAUAAAAAAAAUAUAAAUAAUAAUUAUAAGCAUAUAUUAUUAUUUAAUACAAAAAAAGAUAAAAAAAAAUCCGCAAAAAAGUUUGUUAAACAUGCAAGAGAAGAGAGGGAGCGAGAAGAACGGUUGGGAGGUUAAACAAGCAAAGUAGUAUCGUAUUACACAAAAAGAGCUACAUAGAAGGGAGAAAGAAACAAGAGAAAAAAAAAGUUGGAAAAAUUGUGCAACAGACAAAAAACAACUAAGCCUGAACGUAAUUUCACCUCACACACAUUUGCUACUCACACACACACACACUUUCACGCCCGGCCUCACACCGACAUCCCCGCAAUGCACUCAACACGACCACAAACACAUUUACUCGUGAAGGCGGGGGACGACUAGAGAAAACAAAAAAGUAGUUAAUAAUUUACAAGAGAACAAGAGCGCAAAAAGCUAGCAAAAAAACAAAACAAAAAAGUGCAUAUACUCAUUACACACACUCACACAAGCAAAACAAAAAAAAUCAUUGUCGCGCGGUCCAUUCUGUCCGGAUUUGCCACGUUUUUCCCCCCGGGAUCGUCGUCGUCGUCACAACACAUUCGCGCAGCAUAAACAAUUCACACACAAACACAUUGUCACAAGUGGAGUAAAACAGGACGCGAACCUUAGAACGGCGCAGCAGCAGCAGCAGCAGCAUUCUUUCUUCUGCAAAGUUUAAGCAACAAAAACAAAAAAAACGGUAAACAAAAAAGUGGUAACAAUUCGUCGCUAGGUGUUAUUAUGAUUAUUCAAUUCACGCUGGCCGAGAGGAGAACAGGAGAAAUUGAGAGAAAUAAAGAAGAAGAAAAAAAAAACACGGGGAGAAUAAACUUUGUGGAACUCACAUUACAGAAAAAAAUAAGCCAA